AGAAGGCAGCUUGGGAUGCAGGGAUGGAGGAGCAGCGCCUGCCUGCGCAUCACCCUCUCCAUCACCCCCUGCACCCCUCUGGGUCCAUCGGAUGUCGCCUAUGGAUGCUUCUCACUCACCAAUGGGUCAGGAGUGGUGCCAGAUCCCCCCAGCCAUGAGCUGGCGCGGUGAUCCAUGGGGAAAACCAGGCGGUGGAAGGGAACUGUUUGUGUCUGAGGAAAAGGCUGACCCUUAUUCAUCUCCACAGCUGCAGAGCAGCCUCGCACAUCACCCGGCUCCAGCAGCACCAGUGCAUCCCAUGCAAAUUCCCAGGCGGAAAGGAGAGAUUCCUGCUGGGUGUUUCCUCCGCCGUCACCCGGAGGGCGGGCAAAGUUCGGCUCCUAUAAAGCCAGGUCAGGUCCACUUCAUUCAUUCCCGGGGCAGCACCGCCGGGAGCUGCACGUCCGAGCCUUUGCGCAAGGGGAUUUUGCAGUUAAUUCCCGCUGGGAAUUGCGCGAUGCCGAAGGCGCUGCGGGAUGUCGAGGCUGCCCUCACCUGCCUCCAGCUCCUGCUGCUCGUCACCGGCGUGGAGCUGAGGCCCCACACGUGGGAUGGGGACAGGCUCCAGCUGGAGGCCAUCAAAAAGGGGAUCCUGGCGCGGUUGGGAAUGCCGGCACCCCCCGUGAUCCGGCAGCGGCUGGACCAGGAGAGCAUCCGGAGGGCGCAGCAGCUCUACCAGCACACGGUGGAUGAGCUGAUGCAGAACCGGAGCCGGGAGGAGGAGGAAGGAGCCGUGCCCAGGACCAGGCGCCUGCAUCGCCUGACCCCCACAUUGCUGCACCGGGACCCGCCGGGACACGGGGACGCCGCCGGCCCGCACCGCUACCACCUCCUGCUGUCCCGCACAGAGGCUUUCCAGCGGCAGCUCCGGGUGGUGCAGGCGGAACUGAAGCUCUUCAAGCCGGGAUCCCUUGGGUUGAACCCGCUCCGCUCCUCGGUGCCCCCCCGCGUCAGCAUCUACAGCGUGGGGGGGGCUCAGGGGACCCCGCAGCUCCUGCAGAGCCAAGAGCUGGACCGGGAUGCUCCAAGCGUGGACCUGACAGCGGCCGUUCGGCCCUGGGCUGCCGGUGCCGAGGACUCCCUGCGCCUGGAGCUGCUCUUCAGCACCGACGUCUCGGCCUUGCUGCCCCCCUCCUCCUCCUCCUCGGAGGCGCUGGUGCUGGAGGUGGAAACCCACGAGUCCGGGGGCCGGGGGGCCCGGAGAGCCCGGGGGCUGGAGGAGGAAUGCGGGAAGAGCGAUGGGAAGUGCUGCCUGAAGUCGCUCAAGGUUUCCUUCCAGGACAUCGGCUGGUCCGACUGGAUCAUCGCCCCCAACAGCUACUACAUGAGGUUCUGCGAGGGGUCCUGUCCCCACAACUACAAGCCGGCCAGCAUGCACGCCCAGAUCAAAGCCCGCAUGCACUCCCUCUCCAAAGCCACCCCUCCGCCCUGCUGCGUCCCCGCUGGAUACGACCCCAUGGUGCUGAUGCACUACAACAGCGAGGGCAGGCUGGUCUCCACGCUCUUCGAGGACAUGCUGGUCACCAAGUGCCACUGCGCCUGAUGGCAUCGCCUCCAGCU